AUGGGUUACCAAUAUAGUGAUUGUUCAACAACAGCUCGCGAAGUUAAUGUUACUGAUGAUGAACAAUCAACAACAAUAACAGCACCAAGAUUAACACCAAAACGCAAAAGUUUUUUCUCAAAUUUUGAACGUAAAAAUAUUAAAAAGCAAAAGAUUGAUAAUUUUGCAUUUAUUACAGAUGAAAUUAUUAAUUAUUUUAACGAAGACGAUAAUGAUUCCAAUCGGUUUAUUCUAAUUAAUGAACCGAUUAAAUACAAAGUAUUGAACCAAUUGGCGAAGAAGUUGUUGGCAGUUCCUGCAACAUCAUCACCGGUCGAAGGAAUAUUUUCAUAA